AUUACUCCCAUGGUUACUACAUUACUUGAACUCUUCACAUGACUGUCAGGAGGGGAAGAAAACAGGAAGAGAGUUUGUGCUUUGUUGAUGGUCACAGGUCACCAUGGGGUCUGCGGUGGAGAGGACGGACGAGCACGUGAGAGAGUACCUGAUCUACCGCGGCUUCACCAGCACCCUGAAAAACCUGGACAGUGAGAUCAAAGCGGACAAGGAGAAAGGCUUCAGGGUGGAUAAAAUCAUCGAUCAGCUGCAGCAGUUUGUCCAGAAUUUCGACUUGUUCGGUCUGAAGGAGUACUGGCUCUACCUGGACAGACGUCUGUUCUGCAGACUGGAGGACGUUUACAGAGCAACGGUCAACAAGCUGAGGACCAGCCUGUACAGAUACUACGUCAUCAACACCAUCCAGAAAGGAAACCUGGAGAAAACGCAGGAGUUUUUCCAGAAGCAGGCGCUGGAGCUGCAGGUUCAGGCCGAAUGGCGUGAUUGGUUCAUCCUGCCAUUUAUCCCCAUCCCCGAGCAGAACUCCGCCUUCUCUCCGUACUUCUCCCGUCAGUGGGCUGACACCUUCUUGGUUUCGCUUCACAACUUCCUGUCGGUCCUCUUCCAGUGUAUGCCUCAGCCAGUUCUUCUGAGUUUUGACGCCGAGGUCCAGAGGACGACCAGCCUGACGGAAGAGAACGAUCAGCUCCGCCAGCUGCUGUUCGCCCUGCAGACCGAGAACCGGGACCAGAGGGACGGAGACGAGGUGGUCCACCACAAGCUGCCGGUCUACGUCCAGAACAUGGACCGCCUGGGAGACACUGAGCUGGACUUGGUGUCGAGCACACGCACUGUCAGCGCCACCACCACUCCUUCCAGAAACUUCUUCUCUACAUUCCUACCGCAGGCCAAACGCACUCCUGGGAAACCUCCUCAGGUCAUCACGGUGUCCUCCCCGAGCCAGGUAGCAGUGGGCAGGAAGGACCUGCCAACCAAUCCACCUGCAAAAUCAAAAGACGUGGUCCAAUCUAAGGAGGUGAAGCCGGUGUCGAGCCAGGCAUCAACCAGUGACCCUGUGAGCUCCCAGUCCCAACAGUCCACAAACCAGUCAACGAACCAGCAGGCACACCCGAGACACAAGAGAAUCCAGGACCACGAGAAAGAGAGGAAGGAGCUUUUCUCUAAACCGCUGUCACAGGCACCAGAGAAGAAGGGGGAGGGAGGGGAGGUAGAGCCUGUCGCAGAAUCCACCAGCGAACCUCUAGAGUCCUCCAGCACCAAGAGCUCUGGAGGAGGAGCGGAGGGAGGAGGCCUGUCAACAGAACAGCCUUUUAUCAAACUCAGCCAGGAGGAGUACGGAGAGCACCACUCCUCCAUCAUGCACUGCAGGGUCGAUAGUUCAGGUCGUCGGGUUGCCAGUUUGGACGUAGACGGAGUCAUCAAGGUGUGGUCCUUCAACCCCAUCAUGCAGACCAAAGCCACCAUCAUGUCCAAGUCUCCUCUGCUGUCUCUGGAGUGGGCCACCAAACCUGACAGACUGUUACUACUCGGCAGUGGGGUCGGCACAGUGCGACUCUAUGACACAGAUGCCAAGAAGAAUCUCUACGAAAUGAACAUCGAUGAAACUCACCCACGAAUCUUGUCUUUAGCCUGCAGUCCCAGCGGCUCGUCGUUUGUCUGCUCAGCUGCAGCUGUCAGCCGCUCCGGGAGCCUGGAGACCGUCCCUCGACUUCCUUUACCGGUGUCAGGACAGCUGCUGCUGUGGGACACAAAGACGGUCAAACAACAGGUCCAGUUCUCUUUGGAGCCUGAACCAGUAGCUAUAAACUGCACCGCCUUCAACCACAACGGAAACCUGCUGGUGACCGGAGCAGCUGACGGAUGCAUCCGACUGUUCGAUAUGCAGCGUUAUGAGAGCGCUAUGAGCUGGAGAGCUCAUGACGGGGAGGUGUACAGUGUGGAGUUCAGCUAUGAUGAAAACACCGUCUUCAGCAUCGGAGAGGACGGAAAGUUCAUCCAGUGGAACAUCCAUCGGUGUGGCGUGAAGCAGUCAGAGCAGGCGUUACCUCAGGACGCCACGGGGCCCUUCGUCCUGUCAGGUUACAGCGGAUACAAACAGGUUCAGGUUCCUCGAGGUCGCCUCUUCGCCUUCGACUCUGAAGGACAGCACGUCCUGACCUGUUCGAGCAGCGGAGGACUCAUAUACCGACUCACCAACGGGGAGCCAGCUCUGGAGAGCGUGCUGUCACUGGGAGGGCACAAAGCGCCCGUGGUGACGGUCGAUUGGUGCUCGGCUGUGGACUGCGGCACCUGCCUGACCGCCUCCAUGGACGGAAAGAUCAAACUGAGCACGCUUCUGGCACAGAAGUCCUGACUGAGGGAUCCAAGGUCGUCAGAGUUUUAAUGUCGUUGUCAUGGUAACAGUAUCUAAUAAAUAUCGUAGUGGUCUGCAUCAAAAGCCCAUUGAGCUGUUUUUAAUUUUACAUUAACAUUAAAAUCCUACUGAAAGCAAA